CUGCUGCCUAAAUUCUCCACGGAACCCCUUGCUACAAUUAGCCUGUUAUUUGGGCUAAAGUGAGCAGCUUUGGUGAAAGUCUGGACAGUUUUGUUUAAAGAUAAAGGAACUUUGCUUUACUCCAAGUUKUUCCGGUCAAACUCGGCUCCGUUCGUCCCGGAGGUUCGGCUGAAGUCGGUCUCGGUGUUUCGGGGAUUGUUGUUGACCGGACGGGAGCGGCUCCGAGGUCUCUUCUCGUCUCAUUUCUCCUCCAGAUGCCGUCGUUUGGGUUUCUGGACAGUUUGGAGCUUUUCUUGGAGGCAGGAAAGUUUCCURCUGAUGCCUCUAAGAGUUUAAAGAAGUCCCUCCGAGCUGCCAGCAAACGCUUCAUCUUUAAAGAUGGCUCUCUGUGGCGAUGCUAUCGAGGUCGCCUCCUCCGUGUGGUCCGAAGUGAACAGGAGGUGCGGGAGAUCCUGACCCGGUACCACAACAACAACAACCACGCGGGCCGGGAGCGGGUGGUGAGGGAGAUCAUGCUCAUGUACUACUGGGUGGGAGUGACGGAGACCGUGAAGAACUGGGUCAAGUCUUGCUCCRUUUGUCAGGAGCGGCCUCCUCAUCAGAACCAACCGGCGGUUCUGCUCUGCCUGGUCUACGGCUGCGACGCCUCCAGCUACGCCUUCCCUGAGCUCACCUUCCACAGGUUCCCUAAAGACGCGGAGCUGAGGAGGAAGUGGCUGGAAGUGGCUCAGAGGGACGAAGGCUCGCUGCGAGCCUCCUCCUACGUCUGCUCCCGACACUUUGAGCCCAGAUGUUUCUGUGUGAGUGAGGACGGCCUGCUGACCCUGUCCCCAGACUCUGUCCCCACCGUCCUGCCUGUCAGGGUGCAGGGCACCGAGGUCCCUGAGCCCACAGACCAGGACUUCCUUCAGUCCAACACCUGGAAGGAGGAGCUGACUCAGGCUGCAGCUGCAGCUGCAGGGACUGCAGAGCCCAGCGAGCGGACCCCCUCCCUCUCGGAGCUGUUYGAGGGCCGGCUGCAGGAACACCAGUACUGCAUCCCGGGUCCGGCUCCGGACUCCAGAGCGACCCAGGUGGUGACGGCCAGCAGGAUGACGUAUGUCCAGACCAACUUCGUCACCUACAGCCAUAUAGCCAGGUUUCCUCUCCACAACCUGCCGGUUCUGGCUCAGUGGAUGAUGGCGGUGGGUCGGGUCCACUGGCACCCUCGCCUCUGGUCCUCCAUUUGUUCGUCCCAUUUCAGCGAGGACUGCUUCGACCGCAUCGGGGACAAGGUCACGCUCCGUCCAGACGCCGUGCCCACGCUCAACAUCCACGGAGACGCAUCGAACCCAGCCGGAGGUCCGGCCCAGCAGCUGGUGGGGGAGGAGGCCUUCUUUGCCAAGUACGACGCUGUGGAGCUGUACCUGAGUCGCCGCACCUAUCCUCCUGGACUCACCUACGUGGAGAAGAACACGUUCAGGAGGUUCUGCAAGAAGUACACCAUCAUAGAUGACCGGCUCCACUUCAUGAACGGGGACCGGGUCCAGCUGGUCCUGAGGAACCGGCAGCAGGUGGAGGCGGCCCUGGUGGAUUUUCACGACGAGCUCAACCACCUGAACGUCAACAAGUGUCUCCGUCUGCUCAACGAGAGGUACUUCUGGAAGACCAUGAAGUUUGACGUGAUGGAGUGGAUCAACAACUGCUCCCAGUGCAGCCUGAAGGUGGUGAAGAAAGCAGAGCGGUCCCAGGUGCUGCUCCAGACGCUCAGGUCUCCAGGUCCAGAAUCAGACAGCAGUGGACGGGAUGAGGACAGCGAGGACGCAUGUGAUGAUGAUGAUGAUGAAGAUGAAGAUGAUGAUGAAGAUGAUGGUGAUGAUGAAGAUGAAGGGUGGGGGGGAGGUGGUGAGACGGAGGAGCAGCAGGUGAUUGAGUCAGUAGAAGAAAUGUCCCAACAAGCCCCUCCCCCAUCUGAUCCUCAGCCCAGAAUCCCCAUCCUGAUCCACCUGAGAACUCCUAACAGCCUUCAGCCCAACACCUCGGUGCUCCUGCAGCCCCGGGUCCCCAGCCAACCCGUGGUGGCCCAGUUCUGGCCCGUCAAUGCGGGGACACCUGCCCCACCUGAAACCCCUCCACAGGGUCAGCCCGGGAACCAGACUGAGGGAGGCCCGCAGACGACCCAACCCGAGGAGCAGAGAGGAACCGGGAGCUUCAUCCAAUCACAGGACGCAGCCACGCCCCUCACAGAGCCACGCCCCCCACCGUCGCAGCAUCAGCCUCAGAGCGAUGGGAAACGAAAGACCAAGAAACCCUCAGAACCUCCGACCCAGCACAGCGACAGGCCUCCUGCAAAGCAAAGGAGAACAUCCAGGGCAGAACCUGGAGAGGCGGGCAGCUCCGGUCUGGACCCAGUGGUGGCCCCCAGCACCAAACCCUGGCCCGUCUUCACCAUCGCCGACUCUGCGCUGGGGCAGCCAGCACAUCCGGACCUCCAACAGGAUGGCAGCCCAGCUGUGUUCCACAAGUCCAGGAAGCUCCAGGCCCGGACCGUGGUCCAGCAGUGCAGCCAUGCCAAGGUCKAAGUCAAGCCGGCUGUAGAUGGUGCCGACCCCGAGUGGGCCGAGAUCCAGCAGGGCAUGGUGGUGUAUGUGUGUUUCUUCCAUGGAGCCACUGAGCAGCUCAUGUAUGAAGUCGCCAAGAAGCUGAUGAGCACCAAGUUGUUCAGGAGAGAGCGGCACAUGMUGUCGGUCCUGGACCUCCCGGGCAGCGUGCUCCUGGUCCCGCAGGACUCCCUGCUGGGCCAGCCGCUGCCCAACAGGAGGGUCCAGUUCAAAGGUGGCUGUGAGGUGUGGCAGGGGGCCCGGCUCUUCUCCACCCUGGUGUCCGCCUGCAAGGAGCUCCAGGCCGGGUCCACCAAGAGCCUUCAGACGGGUCAGAGGGUCCAGUACGGAGUCUACGGACAGAAACAAGAGAUGGUCCUGGUCUCUGAGGAGCCUCUGUCCCUGCUGCUGGAGUUCUGACCUGGUCCUGGACUCUGAGGACUCUGUGACCCCCCUACAAGGACCACUUGUUAAUGGAAGUGAAUGUCUCUGCACAGGAAGGUUUUUAUCCUGCAGGA